UACACCAGACAGCUUACUUUCGACCGGCCUCAAAACACGUAAACCUUGGCCACAUUCGGUCGUCCUUAUUUCCAAUACGACCGAAUUAACAACCAUCUUCCCUUGUCACUUUCUUUCAUCCUUUGCUUAAAUAUAUGUUGCUUCAAACCUAUACCUAUGUAAACCCUUAUCUCAUCUUAUCCUCAACCUCCAACUCUACAAUGGAUCAUGAUCACACUAAUAAGGACAUGCAGGAAAAACCAAUCUUAGUAUCUCUCGAAGAUCUGUACCAAGGAAUCCCAGAUGAAUCCGUUAACCUCACCUUUCAGCAUCUUGCUCAAGUCAACACAUCAGAGAAGAGAAAACCCGCAACAACCCUAACACCUUCACGCUCUCUCACCAAACUACCUAGUCUUGAUUUCACCAAAGGCUUGCAAGGUUCUGCUCAUCACCAUGAUCAACACCACGUACAAGAUUUUGGCCAUGGAGGAUCGUCACCGUGGGGCCAUCCUGGUCAUUUUAACCACCAUUCUGGUGGUGGUUCGCAAAGAAGUCCUCAUUGCACGAUCAGUGGAGAUGAUCGUUCCAAGUGUGGCGUGAGCUUUGAUGGUAUGAGUGUUGCUUCAGGAAGAGGUAGUCGAAGACCUCGACCUGGGAUUCCGCACUCUAAGAUUUGCGCAACUUGCAAUACCUAUAUUUAUAUAUUCCGCACCAGAUGCUUGGUAUGUGGGAGGGUUUAUUGCAGACAAUGUGUAGAAAUAGGAAUGGGGGAGAUGGUAGAAGGAAGAAAGUGUAUUGAGUGCCUUGGAUUGAGAUUCAGCCAUAGGUAUAUAGAAAGAGCAGGGAAUGUAGGGUGCUGUAGCUGGAGGUAUCCAAAGACAUUGAAACAGGUGGAGCUGAAGUGUGCUGAGAAAGGACCAAGAAGGAGUGGAAGGUAUGGUCAUGGAGGGAUGACAAACUCAAGAUCACGAAGUCCUGUUAGCCCAAGAAGGAACCAUGGUGUUGCUAGCAAUGAACACUCUUUCAUCAAUUCUUCAUCCUUUUCUCCUUUCUCACCACAUUACAGCCUCCCUCUAUAAAGGAGUAACAGUUUAAUGGCGACAGUAUGUCCUAGGUGGAUCAGCCAUGCAUUCACAAUUUGUUUUGUUUAACUUUAUUCUAUGUUUUUAACUUCAUUUGUUCCUCUAGUUUAAUUGAAAGCUUAUUGUACUCCUUCUUAAAAAAUAUGCUUAUAAUGGCUAGUAAUAUUAGC